AUGGGGGCCGCGGGUGUAGUUGAACAGCAGAUCCAUCGGGAUCCUGCCCUCUUCUACUGGAUCCUGCUUCCCAUCACCAUCGUCAUGGUCUUGACCGGUAUCUUGCGCCACUAUCUCUCGACUCUCCUGCAAUCAACGCCGAAACCGCAGCCGUUGCCGAAAACCCGCCAACAGCGCUCUCUUCUUCGCAUGCAGAACCUCCGUAUGAACAACACGCAAAUCAGCAAAGCCGCGUUCGAAAAGAGAAAAGAGUUCUACCACGAAGCGGUCAAGGAGGGCAGGUUUCUGGCAGACCCAGAGAACAGGGGCAAGCCACCGGCCAACCCACUCACGGAUCCGGGAGCAAUGGACGGCAUGAUGGGCAUGAUGAAGGGCAACGUGGCGAUGAUGGUACCGCAGUCAUUGAUCAUGGGAUGGAUCAACGCUUUCUUCAGCGGCUAUGUCAUCAUGAAACUCCCCUUCCCUCUUACACCGCAAUUCAAGCAGAUGCUGCAAGCGGGCGUGGGCACGAGGGACCUCGACGUACGAUGGGUGAGCAGUCUCAGUUGGUAUUUUCUGACCCUGUUCGGAUUGCAACCUGUGUACAACUUCAUCUUGGGGAGCAACAAUGCGGCCUCACAAGUUGCUCAACAGAUGGCUCAGUCGCAGAUGGGUCAGAAUCCAAUGGGUGGUGCGGAGGAUCCCGAUAAGCAGUUCAAAGCCGAGAUUGAAAACCUCGAGGUCAUCGAGCACAACUACAUACUUGAUGGCGUAGAGGAGCGACUGCUUGCAAAAGUCGGGCGCUAG